AAACGACCACCAGACAAUAACAUCUAUGUCUCAACUUGCCAUAAAAACCCCAAGAAGACAAGAUGGUGGUAUCAUGAUGACCAUGUCUGAAGUACUUUACAAGGCUUUGAAACAUUUGAACAAAUUAAAACUAUCUAAGGUUGUAACGUAUUGAUAUCUACAAACAAACUGGAAUCAUUUUAAGGGUUAGGACAAUACUGUAAUAAUUGUUCUGCUUUACACUCAGAGAGUGUAACUAAGGUAAUGUGAGACCAAACAAAAGUAUAAUGCAUUACUGCAUAUGUGUAUAUAUUAGAAGAGAUGCUGUUCUAAGAAGGUUUACAAUUUAUUAUUGUGUAUUUAAUACGUCUAUUAAUAUAUGUGUUAUAUAAAUUCCUAACUUCUAUAUACUGUGUGACUUUCACUCCAUUAACUCACAGUGAUGCCCUUCUCAGGACUUUAGACAAUUAUUAUAUCAACAUAAACUAAUCUAUUUUAAUAGAUUCAAAUUUAUGAUAUGUGCAUUAAGAAUAACUAAAUAUGUUCCUAUAUUGGGAAUAAAAUUACUCAUACUUACCUUACUACUUCAUGGAAGACUGCAUGAAAUGGCACUAUUCGUAAAGAGGUUUAAGGUUAGUUUUUUUGGGUUAGGGUUAGGCUUUAGGUUAGAGUUAAGGUUUGGAUUAUGGUUGCAGGGGUACGUCAUAAUCAAUAAUAAAUAAUUAAUAAUCCAAUUAUUAUAGUACCAUUUCAUGUAGUCGUACAUGAAGUACCAACCUAUCAUUUAUUACAGUGCAACUACUAUAACUGGGGUUACUUAGACAGCAAGAACCAACUUUGGGUAGUGGAGCGAAUCAGAGAGCAGCAGAAAGCAAUAGCCUAACAUAUCUUUUUAAAAAUGAUGAUGGUUAUCUGGUUGUUUACAUGUAACAUUCUUGUGCAGACUAGGUUUUUGAUUGGCGGGGAUACCACCACCUAAAGUUUAAAUGCAUUGUUUUCAUUCUACAUUUUAAUUGGUUCUCUUUUUUUCUGGUUUAAGUGGCCCCAGCUACAGUAGUUGCACUGUAAUAUAAGAUUGUCAAAUUUGGAAGCUAUUUCUCUUCCCAAAAGCUUCUAAAAUCUGAUGUUAAGGAAUACUUUCAAUAAAUUUUGAACUUUACAUUCAGGCAACAGCCAACUUUACGGUUCCUAUCCUUUUGCUCAAAGAUAUUCACACAUGAUAAAUAAAGAUUAGCAGUAAGAUUUGAAUUAUUGGAUGUGGUUUGACAAUCAAAAUUUCGCACUGGGUGUCAGACUUCUAUAUUGAACUAUUUUUAACCUUGAGAAUAUAAAGUUAAAAGAAAGAAUUUAUUUGUGGAUGAAUUUGAGUAAUAUUUUAAAAGGAGACUAAUAUGAAAUUUUUCUAAAGUAUAAUUCUGUCGAAACUAAUUCACUUAUUCCUGUAUAUGUAUAAGUGUUUACUACAAUGUUUCUGUAAUUAUAUAAUUAAAUAUAUAGAUAGAUACAGUGCGUGAGUGUGAAUGCCAUUGAUUUAUACUAAUCAACUGGAAAAUUAUCUUUAUUGCAAGAAAUGCUUAACUCAAAUAUCAGUACCCAAGUGAAUUACAUACAGCAAUUAGGGAAAAUGUAACUGGGCACUCAAAAUAAAAAAUAAAAUAAAACUAAAUAAAAUAACUUUUAUUUUUUAUCAUCAUUUUCAUUUCCAAACAUUCUUAAAACUUAUGAAUAAUCUAUGGAAAAUUCAUUAAUAACACUAUCAUUAUCAUUAUGAUAACAGCUUGAAUCAAAAUGCCUAACAUUAAUAUUAAAAUACUCUAUCAUUUAAUGAUCUCACACAAAACAAAUUAUUGACCAGAUUAUACAGUAUCAAUCUAGGUAUCAAUAUCAACAUCUAUAUUAUGAUUCAGCAUGAAUCUAGUAUGUCUUUUUUUGCCCUCAAAAACUAUGGGCUACUAUAGAAUAGAUAGUACAUAUGUUUUUUCAUGUAUUGUCACACAGUGACUUACUUUAUACGCUCCCAUACCUAAAUCAUGUUAUCACUAUGACAACAGAUCCAAGGCACUGAAGCACACUGACUAAGAAACCAAUGUUCUUAAUAGUCUAAUUGCUACCUCCCAUACUUGUAUAUGGGAUUAAUUAAAAAUAUAUUUACUAGUUAACCCCUGAAUAGCUUGUUAAAGGGGUAUGUCCAUCCCUAUUGGGGUUUUUUUCAUCUUUUUCCUCUUAAACAGAUGUUUCAAAAUAUGUCAAAUUUAUAUUGUUGCUUGAAACAUAAUUACAGUUAACAUCCUGAGCAGGAA